AUGGGAAAUACAUUAAAAGCUCUAAAAGACCCAACGAAGCCAGCUGCAAUUACUGGGAUGAUGCAAAGUAAUUUAUAUUUAGACUCUUUAACUCCUCUCCAAGAGUGAUCAAAAAGACCGAAAAAUCCUUAUUUUUUAAGGAAAAAAAUCAUGAAUAAGAAAAAAGUGUUUAAUCUACAAUUUUUUAAUAUAAUUUUAUUUUCCAAUUUUCUCCAAUUGGUAUUUUUAGAAAGCGAUUAAUUUAACCUUUUUUAAGCAAGAUUUUUUGAUCUGGGAUGUAAGCAAAAUCAGAGAACUUCACGGCGCAUUUAAAAGCAUCUGUGAUAACUUCGCAAUGAGCAUCACAGAAUUUGAUCAAAUUUUUGGAACAGGAGAGUCAAGCUUUAUGGUAUGAGACACUGACAAAAAUGGAAUCAUUGAUGCCUUGGAACUUUUUUCAGGUCUCAUUUUAUUUGCAGAUGCUAGAACUGAAGACAAAAUUAGAUGUAAUUUCUAUGCAGUCUUGUUCGAUUUAUUUGAUUUUAAUGAACUGCAAAGCAUUUCUAAAACUGAUUUGGAAUUUCUAAUAUUUUGCUGUAUAAGUUCUUCUUUUAAAGUCCAUGGCCUUGCCGAUGAAAUAAAAGAGAAAUCUAUAUCUGAAAUGGUAAUUAAAAACUUCCCUGACAGUUUCAGAAUCACUUUGAGAGACUUGUUGCAUUUUUGUGCGCACUCAGAAGAAGUUAACACUUUUUUUCAAUUUUUCAGGAUCAGAGCUAUUUCUUUACCAAAACCUUCAACCAAAAAAGAUAUUUAUCAGCCACUGAGGAAAACAUGGAGCUAUGGAGGACUGGAGCACUCCAAAGCACUUAAAGAGCUUGAUAACUCCAUGGCAGGGAAAAUUGAAAGCAAUUUAAGGGUAUGACUAGGGGCUGUACAUGCACCAUUAUGUGCCCAGCAUGAAAAACGGCAAGAAUCCCGAGCAAAAAUGGGCCUUGCAUGGGUAUUUGGGAUAAGAAGUGACGAUACAAGGCACAAUAUUAAAUGUGUCCCAGGACAAGAUAUAAUUAUUUAUUUUAUUGCAAGUGUAGUUGUUGUGUACUAUGCCAAGCUACUAAAGCAAAGACAUUAUUUAGAGCAUGACCAUGAAGUUAUCAGCCUUGCUGUUGGUUCUGAUGAUAUCGCUUGCAGUGGCGAAUUGGGCGAACAUCCAAAAAUUCAUGUAUGGAAAAUCAGCACAUUAGAAACCUUACUCCCCCCCCCCUUUAAAUUGAAACAAAAUAUAGGUAAAAUUCCUACUUUUUUGGGAAAUUACCCCCCUUUAAAUUGAAACAAAAUUUUAUUAUAAUAGAAAAUUUUAUAGUAAAAAUCAUUAUUUUAUAUGUAAAUACGUUAAUACCCUAUUUAAUAUGCUUCAAACAUAUAAGAUUUAGAAAUUAAACUCUAUUUUGUCCAAUUGUUAUGGGGAGAGUUAGAAGAAUACCAUUUCAGCAAGUUUACACUUUGAGAUUGAGAAAUUUAUGAAUUAAAUUUUUCAUGAAAUUCUUUAAAUUUAUAUAAUUUAUUUUCUAUAAAAUUUUAUCUCUGAAAAAAUUUUUAUUUAUAAUUUUUUUUUAUAAAAAAAUUUUCUUAACCCCCCUUUAAAUUGAAACAAAAUUUUUUGUUUCAAUUUAAAGGGGGGGGGAGUUAGAGGUCUUAUCUGGCGUCCACCAAGGCGCAGUGCCUCUGCUAGCUUUAUCUUAUAGCGACCAGCAUAUAAUUUCUUGCUCAAUCUAUUCUUUAGUAAUCUAUGAAUGGCGUACAAGGUCGAUUUUAAUUACAACCCACCAUAAUUACCCAAUAGUUGACUUAACUGUGCUGCCAAGACUUGAAAGCUCUUCAGCUUGCUCUUUUAUUGUUGCUUGUGAACAAGAUUUUACACUUUACACAAUACAAGAGAGCGAGCUUAAUGUUUCCACAUUAAGUCUUGACGCUUCACUUACAAAAAGCCACAUAACGUGUGCGAUGGGGCAAGUCCUUUAUAAUCAAGACCCAAAUAAGGAAAGAACUUAUAUUCUCUUGACUGGGCAUGAAGAUGGAAGUGUGCUAGUUUGGGCUUAUCUAGAAUUUCAAAGAGUAUUGAUAACGUAUGAAGGGAUAAUUAAAAUAUGGCGUCUUCGUCUGGGCAUGGCCUCCCGCCAUGCAGCCUCGACUCAUAUUUUAAUUAUAUCCGGCAUAUACAUAAAAUGGCGUAUGGCGACCGACCCACCCUCUCAGUGGUGGUUACCCCAUGUAUAUCCGGGCAUGGUUUUUGGAGCCAGGAAUUAGCCCAACAACGUCUGGGACCUCGAAGCGAGAGGCCUAAGCGCGAGAGCCGCUGUUUUUGCGACCAGACCCAUGGGCAGUUAUUCGUGACUUCUUUUUGCCAGCAGCGCUCAGCCCAGUGAGUGCCCGAAAUGAGGCAGGGCGACUUACCUGCCUAAGCUGCUUUAGUGGCUCGCCCCGAAUGGCGAAAGCUGUUGAGUUCUUUCUCGGGAUGACCGGAAAAAAGAGGGAGGCGAGUUAGACACCAAAACGGGGGUCUCUCCAGUUGAAAAGGUGCCCUUCAAUGGGCAGAUCUGGCGGACGACGAAGCGGAGUUGGCGUAAACUUAGGCGACGAUCCAAGUUGGAAAUGGAGGUGGUCAGCAAAGCCGGUAUAAGACGGCCCUUGACAAUACCUCUACCGAGAAACCGGGGGUUUCGGGCCCGGGCUUGGUGAACGCUCUGCCACCACACGGGAAACCGUGGCAUGCGACCUCGGACGUAGUAGGGACCUUAAAUACCCAGCGUAAUCUUAAUCUUAAUCUUAAUUAUAUAUCCGGCAAGGUUUUGCAUUUCAGAGAAGGACAGCAAUGCUAGGUAAGCAAAUUCUGGUGGAGCUCGGAGCCUGCCCAAGUCUAAUUUCAGAAAUGUUUUUUCCUCAUGGGGAAGGAGGCACGCGAGUUGGAAAGGGGAAGCUCAGCAGAGUCCGUUAGGACCAAUCGGGCAACUCCCUAGCGUGAAACUGGGGUUACGUCCCAGGCUUCGUGUUUUCCUUUUUGCCGAAAGCCUACCAGAAAAUCCAUUUUUUAUGGAUUUUCGGAAUGGCAACCCAUGUCCUCAAGCGAAGUAGCUCAGUCAUGAGCCGUCGAAGUCGGCAACACCUGCGACUAGGUGCACCUUGGCGUAGCAAAGCUGGUCGACCCAGAGGCCGGUGGGCCCGAUGCGCCAUAGGCAUACGGAAGCUCUGGGAUGGGCAACCCCGUAAGGGACGUUAAGCGUAUAAAUCUAAUAGAAUAGAUAACGUAUGAAGGCUCAAUUACAUCAAUUGAGCGAUUUUAUGAAAGCUAUGCAAUUGCGAACUCAGUCGGAGUUAUUUAUUUAUGGGACGAUAAGCUUGAAAAAUGCGUCAGAGUCAUUGAGCUUUCGAUGCUGCCAUUUAAGCUACUGAGUUUUGAAGUCUCUUCAAUGCAUUUUAUGAAUAAAAGACUAUAUGUAAGCACCACAGGAGGAGAUUUGAUACAGCUAAGGAUCAUUAAAGAAGGCUAUAAGCUUAUAGCGAAAAGGAUUCCUGGCAUCAUUCCGGUCCCCAGUAAGCAAAGAGCUAUCACUUUUUUGUCAACUGAGCUGCCUUAUUUGAUAAUUGGUGGAGAAAAUGGGGUUGUCUGUGUAAUAGAUAUAAGGAGCUAUGAAUUAAUGGAUGCAUGAGCUGUAGGGUACUCUAUAUAUUCUUUAUGCUGUGCCAAAUAUGAAGACCAUUUCUUUUUAGCAGCUGGGUGUGAGUCGGGGUCACUAUUAGUAAGACAGGACUGGGAUCUCGUAAGCACUCCUCAGGCAGGCUAUGAUACUAUAACUGAUGUAAAAUUCAUAAAAAAAGGAGAAAAUCUCUUAGCUUCAAGCCUCGACUCAAAUGUGUAUGUAUACAAAUAUCUAGAAGGAAACUAUGAAAGAAUUUUUAUUAUUGCGAUAGAUACUGGAAUUCCUCUAACGUUGGAUAUAAGUAAGGAUGGGGAGCAUAUUUUGAUUGUAACUGAUAAACGAAAACUUAUGAUGAUGGACGGCAAUAAUUUUGAUUUGAAUUUCACAUAUCAUUAACAUUGAUUACUCAGAUUUUUAAAGAGGCACUUUGCAGGAAGAAAUAUCAAAACUUCCUUUUAGCUCCCAAUUGAUGAUGCUAACAACCAUCUUGUCCACCAAGGAUUCCAGAAGACCAACCAAAAGGGACUAAAAGCCACCACUGGUCGCAUUGACCUCGCUUCAGACUUGGCUUCUUCACGUGCUCUGCCUAAGGGUUACCCUCUCAUGUGUUUCAAGCAGUAAAACUCCUAUACGUUUUAAAAUCCUGGAAAGUGACUUAGCUUAUACGAUUAGUCAUAUUUGGCACUGUAGUUAAAAGUGCACCAGAUAAACCAUUUUCGUGCAUAGCCAUUUUAUUAUUAUGAAUUUCACAUAUCAAGAAGUUGCUUCCGUCAACUGAAGCAGGCUAAGAGCUUUUUUCCCAGUCCACCAUGCCAAGACUUCAGACGAAAAAGAGUAUUAUUUACUUCCUAUCAGUUGAAACAGUAAGGCUGACUGUAUCGUCGCAGCUGACGCAAAAGGAGUCAUUCAUUUCUGAAAAAACGCUUCAAGGGUUAAUGACGAAACUGGUCUUUUGCUUCCAGGCCACACUUCGGCUGUUCAAGACAUCUGCUUGAAAUCUCACAUUUUGUUCACUCUCGGAUAUGAAGACAGAAUGAUAAUGCAAUGGAAAUUUGAGCCAUGCAAAACCAUGAUCCAGAAAAUAAACAGCACAAGUGUGAACUCAAUCCUAUUGACAGAAAUCCAAUUAUCUUGCCUUGAUGAUAAAAAUAAACGUAAACACCCCAAUCAAAAACUUGUCCAGACAGCUUUCCUUGAUGCAGUUUUUGAAACUUCACAUCAGUUUUUCGCCCAAGAAGAUGCCCAGCGUCCUCCGUCUACCACAUUAAAAUUGAAAUACAUAUAUGGCUGCCAAUUGAAUUUACGAAAUUCCCUUCAUUAUGUGCACAUCCAUACUGGUGACGACACUCGUCCUACAUGUGAGAGAAUGAUUUGUUACUAUGUUUCCCGCUAUGGGAUUACUUUUAACCCUUUUACUCAAUCCCAGUCCUUUUAUACAUUCCACGAGCAGCGAAUUUCAGCAUUAGACGUCCACCAAAGCCAAGCUAUAGCAGCUACAGCUUCAAAUGGGAUAGUCCACGUAUGAAAAGUCGCAGGGAGCUCUCAAAUUUCAAAGCUAAAAUCUUCAAUGAGUGGCAUAUAUAUACUAAGAUUUGGCAACAAUAAACAAGGAGGAGAAAUUUUAGCUGUGGUCGGAAAAGAAGCUGAGCAGCAUUAUAUAGAAAUUUAUGACUGAAAACAUGAAAAUCUGAUCACAAAGGCUUGUGUUGGGAAUGUUCAGGUCCAAGAUUUCCAGUUUCAUCCUACUGAUUUAUUUAAUUUUGCAGUCUGUGGAGUCAACCACUUAAGCUUGUGGAAGAGAUCAGGCAAAUUUAUAAAGUGCAAACAAAUUAUUACAGUUGAAAAAGAAUUUACAUGUAUGCAGUUUUUGAUUUUCCAAAUGGGCACAAUCAGACAAGAAGCAGAUUUAACUAUUGGAUCAAGCCAAGGAGAACUAAUGCUAUGUGUUGAAGGAAGGCUCUUUUUACAAGUAGAACAAGCACAUGAGGGAGCAAUUUUUUGUAUAAAGACCACAAAUUAUAAAGGAAAUGACAUAAUUUUAACAAGUGGGCAGGACGGGUUUGUAAAGAUAUGGACACAUGGCCUUAAACCAAUUAAUAAAUUCCAUAUUUCGUCUAUCAAUGACUCAGCUCUCUCUCACUCCCCCCCCUUUAAAUUGGAACUAAAAGUUUUGUUCCAAUUUAAAGGGGGGUUAAGAAAAUUUUUUAAAAAACAAAUCAAUAUAAAAUUUUUUAUAAAAAAAAAGCUAUAUAAAACUUUUUAUAAAAAAAACAAUUUCAAAAAUUUAUCGAAUUAGAUUAAUAAAUUUGUUUAAUAAAAUGCUAUUAACUCUUUAUCCUUUAAAUCAAAGCAAGAUAUAACUAAAUUUUUAUUAUUAAUUAAUACGCCACUAUUAUUGGUAUCAAAACUAUUUACACAAAAAUUAUUAUUUUUAUUGAUAAAAAAAAAUUAAAAAAAAAAAUUUUAGAAAAUUUAUGGAUCAAAAGUGCUAAUUUUGUUUAAAUGAGAUGCGUUUACAUUCUAUUCUUUAAAAUAAAGCAAGAAAUAAGUAAAUUUUUCAAUUUUUGUAAAGAAUUCGCAUUGAAUUUAUAUCAAAAUAAUUUAAAUAAAAAAUAUCAUUUUAUCAAAAAAAAUAAAAAUUUUUUUUAAAAAAUUUUUAAAACAAAACAAUUUAAAUGUUUAAAAAUUUGGCAAUUAAGGCUAAUAAAUUUAUUUAAAUAAGAUGCUCUUUAUACUCUAUUCUAUAAACAAGAGCAAGAUAUAACUAAAUUUUUAAUUUUAGUUAAGAAGAAACAUUUAACUUAUAUCAAAUCUUUCUACAUAAAAAUUAUGAUUUUUAUAUAUAAAAUUUUUUUAUUAUAAAAUUAAAUUUUGUUCCAAUUUAAAAGGGGGGCUAAUUUACCAAAAAAGUGGAAAUUUUACCUAUAUUUUGUUCCAAUUUAAAGGGAGGGGGGAGUCAGAUGAAAUCCCAUUUUAUUACAAACUUGCAGGUUUAUUCUUGUAACUCAAGGAAAAUCCUUGACGAAACCUUGCCGAAAAAAGCAAAAUUAGAAGCCUUGGUCAUUUUAUUAGGAACUUCUGGAGGAGCACUUAUGGAACUUAAUUUGUCUAAUAUCAGAGGGGGUGACAAAAUGAGACUGCAAUAUAAAGUUUAUGUAGAAGGACAUUGCAAAGAAGGAGAAGGAUCAAGAAAGCAGCUGAUUACAAUCCACCCUGAACUUAAUGUGGUAGCUACUGUAGGUGAUGAUAGCACACUUAAGGUGUGGGAUUAUGAAAUACAUAAUUUAAUAUUAACAAAGCAAUUAGAUACUGAUACAAGGCCAAGCUCAGUUCAGUUCAGCAAAGCAGGACAUUUAGCGAUUGGCAUGGACAAUGGGAUUUUGCUAAUUUUACUAUCUAAGCAUGCAGCUUGGGGAAUCGGAUUAAAAACUGCUCCAGAGAUUGUAGUCAUUUUUUCGUCCAGAGAGUCGAAUUCUGCGGUUUUAGCCCUGGAGUUCUCAAGCAAUGAAGAAUAUUUACUCCCUCAGCUAAACUAAAACAAAACAUCGGUAAAAUUUGCAUUUUUUUGGCUUUAACCCCCUUUAAAUUGGAACAAAAUUUGUAUUUAAAUAGUAAAUUGUAUCGAUGAAAAUAUUAAUUUUUAAAAAAAUUAGUUUUGACCUAAUUUAAUAGACAAAUGCAAGUAGAAUGCUAUUUAAAUGCUUUUACACUGAAUCAAUUAAUUUUUUAUUUAAUUCUUCAUAAUAAUCAAUUAUUGGGUUUAUUUAUUUUUUUUAAGAAAAAUUAAAGAUGAAAAUACUAAUUAGUUUCGACCUAAUUUAAUGGAAAAAGUGCAAAUAGAAUAUGAUUAAAACAGUUUUCACGCAGAAUCGAUUAAUUUUUAAGCCAUUUCUCCAUAAACUAAAUUAAAACUCAAAGUAUUGUGCUCAAUUUAUAUUUUUCUUAAGAUUUUAAAAAUUUUUACAGAGAUAAUUUUUUUAAAAAAAAAUUAACCCAACCCCCUUUAAAUUUUAACAGGAUUUUUUGUUUUAUCAAAGUGAGGAUUUAGCAGUCAGCUAUGACAACUACAGAGGCCAGCCAACUAAAUUUAAGGCAGACUCCACAACUGUAAAAACCGGAGGUGGAGCUGAAAUUCUGCAUGGGUUCGUUGUGCUAUACCAACAAGCAGAUGGAGCUGAAGGCGUCACUUAUAGAAAAAUUUCCCGCAUAGUUUUGCCUUUUUCUCAUGUAAAAGAUAUGGCAGCCUACCCUUCACGUAGUGAAUGUGCAGUAACCCAAAUGGAGUUUUCUUAUGACUGUAUGUAUUUACUCCCCCCCCCUCCGUGAGCGAACAAAAAAAUUUUGUUCACUCACGGAGGGGGGUUAAUUUUUUUUUUUAAAAACAAUUUAUAUAUAAAUUUUAUAAAAAAUAUUUUUUUCGAAAUUAAAAAAAAUCCUAAUUUGCAAAAAUUGGGAAGCAAAUACUAAUUUAAUUUGCAAAAUUUAUGUUUUAAAACGCAAUUUGUUUAAAAUUAAACAGAAUUAGCUCUAGAUUUCAUUAUACUAAUUAUCACUUAUAUAGCAAAAAUUUUUUUCCAUUAAAAUUUUUUCUAUUAAAAAUAUUUUUGUUCACUCACGGAGGGUGGGUUUUUUUGGUCAAAAAAUGGCGAUUUUUCUAAUGGUUUUGUUCGCUCACGGAGGGGGGGGGGGAGUUAGGGCUUUUCCACCAAAAAGUGAAAUACCGUGAACAUCUAGCAAACCCAGCUGACAGGAAGCCACUUUUAAUUAUUUGGGAUAUCACCUCUGGUGAAGUUGUCGAAGAUUUCGAAAAUAUGGGCAAAACUCAAUGGGAAAAAUUAAUAGUACAAUGUUUACUAUAUAGCUGCUUAAAGGCAGGGAUGGAUUAUGUUGUGAAUAUAAAUACCUCAUCAAUGGUAAGAGAUGAUAUGUCAAUGAUUUUAGGAGCCUCAAAUGGGCAGCUGCAAGUUGUAAGGAUCCACAAAUUGGCUGCAGAAUAUUUAAAAAUACUGAGAGAGCACAAUGAGACUGAAAAUGAAGGGCUGGAUCUCGCUAAGGUUGGGAGAUUGUUUUUUGGGCACUGCAGCCCAGUUAUAAGCGCAGUGCUUAAUAAAAUACAGAAAUAUUUGUUUACAACUGCAAUGAAUGAAAAAUGUAUGAUGCAGUGGGAAGUCAUUGUAGAGCAUAAGCAUUGGGAAUAUGAGCAAUUAGGAUAUACGAUGCCCAGUGAUCCUUUCCAAGAAACUCUUACCUCUGAGCAGUUUACCAAACACUUAACUGAAGUUUGAAUUCCUAGAAGCGAGCUUCGUCCUGAAUCAGAAGAAGCAAUUCAGCUAAAAAUGGAGUCUCUAGCAGGACGAAGAGCCAAAGAUCGCCGAAAUAACUUAAAAUACGAAUCCCAAGAACGAAUAGUAUACGUUACAGGCUCAAAUGUCAUUAUCUAUAACAAAGACGUUCCUUCUCAAACAUUUUUGCAUCAAGUCACCCACAGUCCAGUAACAAGCCAUGCCCAGAUUUCUGCAUUUACCCUGUCACCUGACCGAAGGCUCAUCUGCUAUGGAACCGAAGAACUAGAGGCUUGUUUAUGGCUUUGGGACCUUUGUGCUUAUGUCCCUCUAACCAAAGUGAUGCUUCCUGAAUGCUGCCAAGUCCUCAUAAUAAAACUCAGCUCAAACUGUCGUUAUGCAGCUGCAGUCUGCCUUGGCAGAGCUUAUCAGCAGUUUUUAUUCUUAGUUGAGCUCUUAUUUGAAGGAAAAUCACAAAUAAUAGCCUCAGCGCAGCUCAGUCCAAAAUGCAGCUUUAAAGUAAAAGAUGUCCUAAUUAAAGAAACUGAUGGGCUAGAAAUCAUAACAUGUGGAAUUCAGCAUUUAGUAAACUGAAGACUUAAUGGGACACAUUUAGAACAAUAUUCUGCACAUCUGACAACAGAAACAGAAGACUAUCAAGUGGCCUUUUUGACUGCUGCAAUCAUGAGUGAAGUUUUAGUGACCGGGGCUGACGAUGGAAAAGUUUAUAUUUGGAAAGACGAAAAAUUAGUGAAAAGAGUCGCUGGACAUGAAGGCUGCAUUUAUAGCAUCGAUACUUGUGAAGAAUUGAGCUUGAUCACAACAGGUGGACAAGAUGGGCAUAUCGUGGUAUGGAAACUUACUGUAAAGCAGAGCACUUUUGGGUAUCUUGCCCAGCUUGACUCAUUAAGAGAAUACAGCUUAAAUGACCCUGCUAGCAAUGCUUUAUCUUAUGGAAUCCAAAGCUUAUGCAUUGGCCCAGUAAGUGAAGGUGUUUCUUUCAAAGUGCUAAUAGGAACACAAAACGGUGAUAUAUAUGAGCUUUCUUAUGAGUCUAACUCAGAUUAUGAUUCGCUUAACCGCCUAUUAAAAUCCUCAGACAAUCAAUCUAUUCGUUCAAUGUCUUGUGACCCUACAAGUAACUUUAUCUACACAUUGUCUUCUUCAGGCUUUUUCGCUGUUUGGGAACUCAGCGAUUUCACUAUGAUACACAUAAAAGAUUACUACCCCAAAAAAGGUGUCAGGGUCAUUGCAUUCCAAACCAAACAUUAUGUGCUGAUCGCUUUUGAUGAUGAAUUAAUUGUCCUUAAAAUGUCUAAUGAUAUGGAAGAUGCAGUCAAUUAUGAAAUGCUGGCUGGCUUUGUAAUCCAAAGCAGAAAUAUCACUGAUGCGUGCUUAUCUCAAGAUGAAAAAUAUUUAGUGGUCGCUAGCAAUGCUGAUCAAAAGCCACAGGUCGACUUGUAUGGAGUCGCUGCAAACUCGUUCGCACUAGAUAAAAAUUUGUAUGGAUUCAGAGCACCAGUGAUAAGGCUGGAUUUUUCGACUGAUGGGUAUUAUUUAAUGUGUGAAGACAAUUUGGGAGAAGUACUGCUUUUUGAGCUGGAAACUCAAAAUAUCGCAAGCUUGCAAGCAGUUGAGUUUGAAAUUGAAUGGCAAAAUGAAGGGCUUAGACAUAGCUCGUCUCUGAAAGGAAUAUAUCAGCUGUAUAGAGGAAACAACAAAAUUAACUGCAUAGCAAAAAACCCAGCAUUAUCUUAUAUUAUUAAAAACAGGCUAUCGCCUUAAUUUUUAUGUAAUCACCGGGAUCUCCGAACGGGAGAUUCAAACCCUUUGUGACCGUGUCUUCCAUCAAGGGAUGGCAAUGUUUCCUCCUUGCCUUUCGGCUUCAGUGUUGAGUAGGGGCAGUCUUUGGAAUUGUGAGGCCUUACUUGAGGCUGCUAGGUUGGAGCAAGGGUUGUCCACACAAAAUCCCAAAAAAAUAGAAUUUCUGGUCGACUCUCAUUAAUAAGUAAAACACCUGGCAAGGGCAUAACUCCUGGUUUCACACAGGUGAAGUGUCCAAUUGGUCUAGGCAUUGCCUGUAGACAUUGCUGGGCGACCUCUUUCCGACUCCGUGCCCAUUCUUCCACCUGAGGUAAAACCAUCUUGAAAGCAGACUUGAGCUAGAUUCUGAUACACCAAAAAUUGGUUACCUAGUAUCGUUGUCCAUUUAAUGGCAAAACCUUACCGAUAUAAUAAAAUAUGGCAUCUCCUCGCUUCGUGGUCUGCUACUCCGAUUUCCUUCAAGCCCAUAUUUAAUUCAACCCCGCUUUAUCAAUUGUAGCAAUAGGAGACCAGUUUGGAAUGAUACGAUUUUUCCAAUUACCUUAUGCUGCUGGGCCUACUUUAUUAGCUUCCACAAUUCAUACCUACAGAAUCUCAAUACUCGCCUUUACAAAAAACAAUGAAUAUCUAAUCUCAUAUAGUGAGUUAGACAGAACUUUUAUCAAAUGGAAAAUAAAUUCAUAA